CAGGUGGUCUUGCGGGUGCAAUUCUGUAGCACCGGCAUCUCGGCACGCUCGCAUUUUAGACACGAAUUUAGAGAAGUUUUGUCUCCAAAUCCUUAGUAAGGCAUCCAUUACUGAUCUCACACGACUCAUCGACUGAGAGCCUAUUAUCCUGAUGCCGCCAAUUCCGACUCUCGGCCAGGACAAAAACCCUCGAGGUAUUCCAAAAGCACCGUUCAUCGCAAAUGUUGAAGAGUACAUUGGGGGACCCGAUGGUGAUGUCGAGGGACCGUUGAAGGAGUUCCAAGAUGCUAUCGCGAAAUAUCGUUAUAUGGAUGGGAGUCUAACCCAAAGGCGCAAAGCCCUCGAGGACAAGAUUCCGGACAUAAGGAAGACGCUACAGAUGGUCGAGUUCCUAAAACAGCGGCGGGACAGAAAGCAGAAAGCGGAUGACCAAGAAGACGACCUGGAAGAGGAUGACGAGAACUCAGACGGAGCGAAAAAGCCUCUGACCACGACGUUCGAACUAAACGACACUCUGUUCGCAGAGGCGCAACUGGACGAUACAGACACGGUGUAUCUCUGGCUUGGUGCAAACGUUAUGCUGUCCUAUGAAAUUCCUGAAGCGAUCACGCUCCUUCGGUCGAAACUCGAUGCCGCCGAAACGAGUUUGAAGACGGCGAUUGAAGAUUUGGAGUUCGUACGAGAACAGUUGACGGUGAUGGAAGUUAACACCGCACGGAUGUACAAUUGGGACGUAAAACGAAGAAGAGAACGGCGGUCAGCUGAGGAGGCUGCCAAAAGGGAAAAGGAGUCGUAGUUCAAUCUAAUCUACGCAAUGCUUGACUAACUGCGUAAGCACUUCAUAUAAUGCGAGUGUGUGACCGUUUUCUAUAGU